AUGGCGCCCUCGAAAGAUGGCGAAGGCUUCUCGUCCAACGCGACGGGCGAGGUCUUCAACGAGCUUGGAUGGAUGAUCCAGAAUGCUCGGGGUUACAGGAUCCACGAGGAGCCAUAUGCCACUCCGCGUAAGAUAAGAGUGAUCCACAUCGGCGCGGGCGCUUCAGGCAUCACGCUUUCCAAGUUCAUCGAGGAUCGGUGCGAGAAUGUCGAGUUGCAGCUUUACGAGAAGAACAAGGACGUUGGAGGAACGUGGCUGGAGAAUAGAUAUCCUGGCUGCGCUUGUGAUAUUCCUUCCGCUGCAUAUCAGUUCACCUGGGAAAGAAAUCCCAACUGGUCCCAGUACUACUCGGAAUCGCCCGAGAUCUGGCAAUACUUCAAAGACGUCGUCGACAAGCACGGUUUGAUCAAGUACGUCAAACUUGAGCAUACUGUGACCGGAGCGUAUUGGCAACCCGAGCAAGGCGUUUGGGAGGUGCAUGUGCGGCGGCCCGAUGGCACCGAGUUUGUGGACACAUGCCACGUCCUCGUCAAUGGUGGAGGCAUUCUGAAGUACGUUUCUUCUACCCUUAAUGCUUUGCUGCGUGUCCUGUUUGCUGACAAGUGUGCUGCCCAUAGUAACUGGAAAUGGCCAGAUAUCAAGGGCCUGCAUUCAUUCAAAGGCACCCUCGUGCACAGCGCCAACUAUGAUCCCCAAAUUGACUUGACUGGCAAACGCGUCGCCGUCAUUGGAAUUGGCAGCAGUGGCAUCCAAAUCAUCUCGAAGAUUGCAUCGCAGGUGAAGCAACUAUACGCGUGGGUAAGAUCGCCAACGUGGAUCACGGCAGGCUUUGCUCAGAAGUUUGCUGGACCGAAUGGAGGAAAUUUCCACUAUACCGAGGAGCAGAAAAGGCGAUUUGCUGAGAACCCGGACUUAUUCUUGAAGUAUUCGAAAAUGAUAGAGUCGGAGCUGAAUGUCAGGUUCAAGUUCAUUCUGAAUGGGACACCCGAGGCCGAAGGUGCCAGAGAAUUUGCUCGGAACGAAAUGAUGCAAAAGCUUGGUACGACGAAACCUGAACUCCUAGAGGCUAUCAUCCCCAAGAACUUCGGUGUGGGAUGUAGAAGGCCGACUGAUCCUCAGCCCGGAAACGGCUUUCUUGAAGCGUUGAAUCAAGAGAAUGUUCAAGUCUUCACCACGCCAAUGAAAGAGAUCAACUCGGAUGGUUUCAUCGAUAGUGAAGGCCAGCAACACGAUGUGGACAUUAUCAUUUGUGCCACAGGGUUCAACACAAGCUGGAUCCCUAGGUUUCCGGUCGAAGCAAAUGGACACAGCAUUGCAAAGAUGUGGGCCAAAGAGGCCUAUUCAUACCUUUCUAUUGGAGUUCCUCACAUGCCGAAUUACUUCAUGAUGGGUGGACCUUACGGUCCACUUGGGCACGGAUCUUUCUUGCCCAUCAUCGAGACGCUUGCAGGCAAUAUCAUCCAGUGCAUUCAAAAGAUGCAAAAGGACCGUAUAAAGAGUCUGACUCCGAAACCGGAAAUCGCCGAGCAGUUCAGAGAGCAUGCACAACUGUUCCUGAAGAGAACAGCUUGGACCUCGGGAUGUAGUUCGUGGUUCAAGCAGGGAAAAGUCGACGGACCACUGCCAAUGUUCCCUGCUUCUCGACUGGUAUAUAUGGACCUCCUCGCGACUCCCAGGUUCGAGGACUACCAGGUCGAAUAUAUGAACUCGUUGAACAUGUUUGAGUUCCUGGGUAACGGCUUUGCGACUCGAGAGUUUGAUGGCCGUGAUCUAUCGUAUUACUUGGGGCUGUUGAAUGGCGACGAUCACCAAAUCGACCUCGAAGGCGCCAUUCAUGACGAUCUUGCGGAGCUGCAUCUGAUACAGUAG